AAGCUCUUCUCGUCGUCUCCGAUCUCUCUCCCGCACUCGCCUUCUUCUCUCUCGAAUUUCCCAGAUCCCUCCGGUUCCGCUCGCGAAGUCGAUUCAAUUCGCUUCCUCAAGCUCGAUCCGGAUCGUUUCUUGCUUUCGCGCGAGUGGAAUCGACGUUGAAGAGGCGGAUCUGUCCCUUCCGUCGUUGCGAGUUGGAUCGAGGUGAAGGGAAAUUCCUCUCUCUUUGAUAUCGACAGUAUCUCUGUCGGAAUUUUGAGGCAAGGGAUUUCUGGGAUGGAAUUCAAUCCUUCGGAUAGCAGUGGAACUGAUGAUGAUCUUCCUCCACCCCAUCAGAAUAGGGGUAUCAGAGGGCAUAUGAUGACAGGUUACAAGAGGAACGUUGUUGGUGCUAUGCCCUAUUCCAGGAUGCAAAAUGAUAUGGAAAUCCAAAUACAUCAACUUGAGCAGGCAGCAUACAAUUCAAUUCUGCGAGCUUUUAAGGCUCAAUCUGAUGCCCUUACUUGGGAGAAAGAAAGUCUAAUAACUGAUCUACGAAAGGAGCUUAGAGUAUCAGGUGAGGAACAUAGAGAACUAUUAAGUAGGGUGAAUGUGGAUGACAUUAUUCAAAGAAUAAGGGAAUGGAGACGAGAAGGCGGGCUUCAGUCUGGGUUGUUUGAUAAUAUUCAAUUGGAUGGUCCUACUCCCAGUCCUAGCAUUUCAGCUUCUCACAAGAGGCAACGUACUCAGGCUGCACCCUCAUUGUCUUUCGACGCACCAUCUCCUGGUUUGCACUUGCAGCCUUCAUCAUCAGCUGCAAAAAGGAGAACCGCAAUAGGUGCAAAGGGAAAGAAACCUAAGACAGGUCAAGCAAUACCUAGUGCUGCUUCAACAAAAACUAUGCAGUAUCCUUCUGCAGGUCCUAGUGGAAGAGGCCAAGUUCCUGCAAGCAAGAAUUAUUCUGGUGCACCUGCUGUCAAUGAAGCAGCUAAAAAAAUUCCAUGUGACCCACUAAUUGGGCGAAAAGUCAUGACUCGGUGGCCUGAAGAUAAUAACUUCUACGAAGCUGUUAUCAUGGAAUACAAUCCAGUGGCAGGCUUGCAUGGUCUGAUUUAUGAAGUUGGCACAGAGAAGGAGACGUAUGAAUGGGUCAAUCUUAAGGAGAUUCUUCCUGAAAAUAUAAGAUGGGAAGGUGGGGAUCCAGGUAUCAGCCAUCGUUCUGGUCAGAGCAUUAAGAAGCCCUCAGGCCGCACUCGUGCAGUUCCAGGAGCAGGAAGAGGAAGAAUAACCAGGAAGAAACAGGCGAAGAAAGAUUUUCCACCAUUCCAGAAUGGCAUCAACAAGAAGAGCCUCGACCACUUGGAGAUAUUCAACACCAAGAUGCUCAUAAGAGAAGUGGAGAAGGUUUUUGUUGCAAACCAUCCUGAUCCUGUUGCCAUGGAAAAGGCCAAGGCGUUGUUGAAAGAGCAUGAACAAUCGCUGAUCGAUGCAAUUGGGAGGCUGGCGGGUGCAUCUGAUGGCGAAAGUGGUAACUAGGGGUUUGAGAAAUGCAAUAGUUGAAAUAUAUGGUAGUAGUGAAGGAGACGAACACCAGUUUUCACAUGGAGCUGGAUCAUGGAUGGAGAAACCAGCAACACCAAGCUAAUCUGAUGUCCAUGGCACAGGUCACAGGCGGUUUUUAGAGGACCUUACAAUGGUGACGGCCACCACCCGGAGAUGCCAAUGACUAUGAUACUAACUUAUGAAAUCCUUGUGUCUAUAUUGCUUCAUACUCGGUUGACAUACAGUGGCAAAGGAACACGGCAGCAGCCCAAGGAUUGGAAGCUGAAAUUACAAGCAAAUGCAGCUUAACUCACUGGUCGGUACCUGGAAAAUGCUCAGGUGAAGGGUCCAAUUCUCGGUACUUGUACGCAUUCUUUCUGACAUUUGAAUGCAUUAUUGCAAUUACAAACAAUGCAAUUACAAACAAAGAGUUUUGCUAAAUGCAAUGGC